AUGAUAAAAAGACAGGAUGACAUAGGCGGCUGGCAUUAUCAUGAGGAUGAUAACUGUAGUAAAAUGGCUUUAAAAUUAGAUACGAGCAUGUCAUCUAUGAAUGGUAGUAAUAAUGACAGUAACGGUAACAGUACUGGUGGUAUGAUAUUCAAAACAAAUAGUAAUCAUUCACCGAGCAGUAACGACUCCGGAUUUCAUAGUGAUCGAUUACAACAAUAUCAACAGUCGAGACAAUCACAACGAACGAUAUCCCGAAAUCGUGGUAAUAUCAAGCAUAAGCCAACUUAUGUAAGCGUAUUUGCUUCUGAUCCAGAUUGUUCCAGUCCACUGUUUGAUGAAUUCAAUCGACGUUUUGCUGCCAAGUACCGUCGACCGAACUUUCUUAAUGGUACGCUUUCACCACCUACGGGGGAUGAAGAGAUACGCUCCGUUCCAUCGAUUACUGCUCCGUUAAUAACACCAUCUAGACAGUCAAUAUCACCGUCGUUCAUAAAUACGAAUGUUUCAUCGGAUACUGUAAUUCAUCCAGAAACCUCGAAACAAACUUAUCUCAAUAAGCAGCAAUCUCUGCUAACAUCUUCUCUUCAACACGAACAACAUUUUCAAUCUUCUCAUUCAAGUACACAUCCAGAAACCGCGGUACAUCAGAACUUGCAUGAUACAGCAACACCUUCCAAUAUUCCUUCAUUCAAUGGAAUAUCCAAUUCAAAUCAAUCAAUGCAAGAAAUUUUGGCACAGAAAAGUUACAAAUAUGCUCGCCUAAAAAAUGAAACGGAAGAAAAUACGGCGUAUAUUAGCGAACAGGAUGAAAAGUCAGAAGCACCUACUAGAGAAUUGCCGAAUAAUUUCUAUUCAAAAUUCCCGGAAAAUUUACCAACUGAAGGAGAGAUUUCGAAUUAUCCACCAAUAGCUGCUAAAUCGGAGGAAGUUUAUGUUACUUUAUCAAAGUUAACAGAUCUUCCAAUAACGAAGUUACCGCGCGACAAUGAAAUAAUGGAAACAAGUGGGCAAAAUGAAAAUGGAAAAUUAUGCGAUGAUAAACUCAUCGUGAAGCAAUCAUCUGCCUAUGAAAUAUGCCAUUUGUCGUCUGAUUUUGUUACCGAGAUGCUGCCAGAAAGUGUGCCUUCAGAAUUAGGAAACGCUUCACCUCAACAAUCACUUAUGAGGCCUGAAGAAACACCAAUGUCGAGACUCCUUACUGAUAAAAUUGUCCCUAAAAAUGAUGAAGAAAGUUAUGGAAGCGCUAAUCUAGAAGAACCUCCACUUCAAGUUCUAUCUCGUAACCUGGAAUUUGAGAUGAUUUCCCAAAGAAAGACGAAAAAUAUAACUUUGCUAGAAAAGCCAGAAAAUCGACUGAUGAAAGCAAAGCAACAUAGUGAUUAUCAUGAAAACUUAAAUUCACUCGAAAAUUCUUCUACGAAAGCUAAAGACAUUUCAAAAGCGGAAGCAUACUCGGAUAUGGGAAGAAGUCGUUUUGUUUCAUUUGUACCUGCUACAAAACUCAACCAAAUUACCUCUCAAAGGCUUUACACGCUGAGAAAUCUCAAUGGCAACGAAAAGUCCACUUCGGCUAUGUUUGAGAAAUCUGACUCAAUCGUCUCUACCAAAUCCAUCCAGGAAAAUUCUGUUCUAUCAACUUCGAGGAAACCGGAGCAUUCUCGUGGAAUUGACCGGAUAGUUUUCACAAAUAACGAAUUGCAAACAACGACAUCGUCAAAUGAAAAGUUCGAAAAGCCGGUAGCACCAAUUGCUCCACGACGUGCUAGAGAUGAUGACAAACCAUUCACAAAAGCAGAUAAUGGUGCAAUUCCAACACCGAAAGCAUUUCAAUGUAUUUCGAGUUCGAGCAAAUCUACUACGCUGCGAAACAACAGCAGUUGUAGCAGUAAUGUUUCGAAAACGGCAACACCAAAUCGGUACACCUCAAAGAAAAUUCCAUAUGACGGUGGUAACAGAAUAAUUAGUGAAAAAUUCACUGAAAGAAAUUCCACUACUACUGAAACUUCAAAAAAUAAAUUUUCAACUGUUAACAGUGCAUCAAUUUCACAAGUGGGGAAUUCGUUUGCAAAAGCGAGAGCAUCCUUUGAGAAGAAUGCAGAAUUUCUUCCAGUGAUCUCAGGAUCACAUAAAACUGAGAAGAAAUUCAUCUCUGCCAUCGAAGAAAAAUCUUCCAAUAUUAUUCAACAGUAUGAAAAAGUUGAGAAGAAAUCUUCGAUUAUAACAAAAGAGAAAGAGAAAGAAUCUUCAGAAGUGUGUUCAUCCAUGAUGGAAAAAGUAACGAAUACAAACAUGUAUCCAUCUAUAUUGGAAACAGAAUCUUCUGUAACAGUCAUGAAAGGGCUCGAUUUCUCACGAUUCGAUCAUAUAGCAGAUAAUGAAGUGAUCGGAAGACCGCUUGAAGCAGAUGAAGCGGAACAAACGGCAUUACAAAUAAUCAAAGAGGUAACAUCAAACAGUGAAUUGCAUGCGCGAGAACAGCCAUCUGAAGUCGAGUUAAUGGAGUGCAAAAGUUUGUUGGAUGAAAAAUUUGCUGAUUACGAUAUUUUCAAAGUAAUACUGAAAAGAUCAGCAAAUAAUCCGGAAGGUUCAAUUGGUGUAAUUCUGAGUUCAGCAGCUUCCGGUGAUCAAUAUAUUAGUGUGCAAAGGGUAAUAUCGGGUAGUAUCGCGGAUCGAAGCGAUCUUAUCGAAAAAGGCGAUCGUGUUUUCUUUGUGCAAGGUCACUCAACGAAACAAAUGUCAGCUACAGAUGCACGAACUUUAGUCAAACAAAGAACUGAACAUGUCGUUUUCAUACUUGGACGACUGAAGACAAAAUCAAAUGACAUGCAAACUGAGCCUACUAAAUUUGUUUCCAUCGCUACUGCUGAUCCUCAUUUAUUUAAUUACUCAACGGAUUCCGAAGAAGUGAUACUGACAAAAGGUAAUCUUGGUGUCGGUUUAGCGCUUGAUGGUGGCCGUGGGUCAGUGUUUGGUGAUCGACCAAUUGUUAUCAAAAGGGUUUUUGAAGCACGUAGUGGUCGUAUAAAAGUUGGUGAUCAAGUGAUCACAAUUGAUGGAAUCGAUGUAAAGGGUAUGAGUUAUCUGGAAGCAACAAAAACGCUUCGAUCACGUCCAGAAGGACCAUUAAAGCUGGUUAUACUUCGUCGUUUGUAA